UUUCAGAUCGUUGAUGCCAGAAACCCACUCCUGUUUUGGAGCAAAGAUCUUGACGCCUAUGUGAAGGAAGUUGACCCUGCGAAAAAAGUGUUACUCUUACUCAACAAGUCAGAUCUUUUGGAGGAAGAUCAAAUGGCUGGAUGGGCGAAGUACUUUGUGGACAACAAUAUAAACGCUGCAUUUUGGACAGCGGUAGAAGAACCAGAGGAGUCCGAGGAGGAAUGUUGCUCUGCGCCAUCCACGGCUUCAUCCUCCAUGGACGGAGUUCUGUUCUUGCGCAGUCGUGAUCAGCUCAUACAACAUUUGAAAGACUUGGGUCAUGUCAUCGACGCUCCAGGUUGUAAACCUGUUGUUGUCGGAAUGGUUGGCUAUCCGAAUGUCGGCAAGAGCUCAACAAUAAACAGAAUUGCUGGUGACAAGAAGGUUUCUGUAUCGGCUACCCCUGGAAAGACACGUCAUUUCCAGACAGUUCAUAUUGACAGUCAAUUGGUCCUCUGCGAUUGUCCCGGUCUUGUUAUGCCUUCCUUUGCAUUUGGAAGAAACGAGAUGUUUCUCAAUGGCAUACUUCCGGUGGAUCAGAUGCGAGAACACUUUGGGCCGACUACCUUGUUGUUGUCACGCAUACCUGUGUCGUUUUUUGAGCACACAUAUUCUGUCAUGUUACCAGAAAAUUCGGAGCCAUCUGCUUUGAACCUCCUGACAUCCAUAGCAUUCAUGCGUGGAUUCAUGUCCGCUUCAGGGAUUCCCGACUGUUCGCGAGCAGCUCGAUACGUUAUAAAAGACGUUGUUUGUGGCCGGUUACGUUGGGUAGCUCCUCCUCCUGGCAUAGAUCAGAAGGAGUUCAACAGUCGUCUCUACUCGGUGACUGCAUCAAGCUCCGGACGUGUACAACUCGAACAACUAGAGAAGCGAGGCCUGCUUGAGGGCGCUGGCGUACUCAACAAAAAAGUUGACUCUCAAUUCUUCAAUGAGGUGCAGGGAGCUGCUCACACCCGCAGUGCUAAAACAAAUUCAACCGUUCUAAAUGUUGGUUCUGUAGUGCCAAAUGCGGGUGAGAAAGGAGAUAAACAUCAUCACAACAAGAAUAAGAAGGAAAAGCUUCGGAGGAUAUAUACGAUCAUCAUGGGGAAAAUAAUGAAGCCGGGCAAGGUUGUCCUUGUCCUACGCGGUAAAUAUGCCGGUAGGAAAGCACUUGUUGUAAAAGCUCAGGAUGAAGGAGGUGCCGAUAGAUCAUAUCCCCAUGCCAUCAUAGCUGGAAUUGAUAAGUACCCAUUGAAGGUCACAAAAAGCAUGGGCAAAAAGAAACAGGAGAAGCGCAAUAAGUUGAAGCCCUUCGUGAAAGUCGUAUCGUACAGUCACCUUCUCCCCACGAGAUAUUCAGUUGAUGUAGCUUUUGACAAGGCCAACAUUAAUAAGGAAUCACUGAAGAUCCCUAAGAAGAAGAGGUGCGCCUUAGCAGAGAUCAAGUCUAAGUUCGAGGAACGAUACAAGACUGGAAAGAACAAAUGGUUUUUCACGAAGUUGCGCUUCUAA